UCAUUCGUAUAUCAUGUGUUAGUCUAACAACACCUAAAUUUUAAAACAAGCUUGUUUUAGUUUGGUUCUCAGAUUAAGUUUUUACCUCGAUAGACGCUGUAACUUAAAAAAAAAAAUAUAUAACGGACCCGAAUCGGACCUGGAAUAACUGUAAAUAUUAUCACAAUGACGGGCAGAAAGAAGUAUACGCAGCGUCGACUCAUGGGCGGACAGCGGGGGUCGAUUGCUUCGCAAGAUCCCGAAGCGGCAGAGCCAGAGGAGUGCCAGGAACGGGACAUGCUGAACACAUUUCAGGACGAUCCACCGACCAUGUACCAGUGGGCGCGGUGGAAGAACUGUAAGACCAGCAAGGUCUACCAGCAAGAGACCUAUCCGAUCAUCCGGCCUCCGAUCUCAAAGUGCGGCGACCACCUAACCCUCGGCUACAUCGACGACGCUCUGGAGGCCAACAAGUGCGGACGACUGUUCGACAUGGGCAAGGACGACAUACUGGCCGUAUGGAACGAUAGUCCCCGCAAGGAAACCCUAUCCUGCUAUGGUAUCGAUGGCGGGAUACCCUCUCCCGAGGCCAUACGCUUCAAUAGAAUAAUGGCGAAAAGUCUCCGGGUAGCCAGCCGUGUGCCCAAGCCACCGAAACCCUACGUAAAACCCGAUCGCACCUGGCGCAAGAAGGUACCGGAUCCGAGUGGACCCUACGUCUUGGAUCGUGAUUGCCUGAAGAUGAAACUGGACAAGAUGCCCAAUGUUCUGAGACAGUUGAAGGCCGAAAACGCCUUCACGUGGCUGCACUGCCCACCGCCCGCUAAUCUGGAGCAUCCCUUCGAGGACGAUGGUGGUCAUCCGACGAUAUCGCUCACACAAGCCCUGGACAUGGAGAAGCCGCCGAAGCCGCCCAAGAAGCAAAAGAAGUAUUUCUAUUGCCCGAUGGAUUGCGGUGAGCCGCAGAAUAAGUGCACCACCUAUGAGUGGGCCAAGUACAAGAUGGAUCCUCGGCCCUACGACGAGGAGUUCAAGCGGGAAAUGGACGCCUACAAGGAGCCCAAGGAGCCGGAGCCCCGCAACUAUGAUGAACUGUACAAGGCACUCGUACCGUGCUUCGUCCAGCAGCAGGACGGCAACGAUAUGUGCGAGGCCUAUGAGAAAUGCUGCAAGGAUCCGAAGGACCCGCCCACCGUCGGUUGCGGCGAGUUCGGGCCCGAGGGAGCUGGCGGAGACGGUAAGUCCGGCGAUGCCAAAGCUGAUGACGAUGACCACAAAGAUGGCAAGAGGCGGUCAUCCUCAGAUAGGAAACGGGGGGAUGACGAAGAUGAUGGGGGGCGUAAGAGAGGUAGGAAAGACAAAGACAAAGACGGUGGCGAUGGCGAUGGGGGUGAUGGGAAAGAGAAGGUGGUUAAGGAGAAGGGCGAUGGUGGCGGUGAUCGUGGCAAGGGCAAGGACGGCAAGGUCAAGGAAAAAAAGGAAAAACCUAAAAAGGAAGAGAAGAUUCCGGAACCGGAACCGCUUCCAGAAAAGCCGGAGGAACCGGUCAAGGAUGAAGGGAAGAAGGAUGGUUAUAAAAAACCUCCCAGGGAACCCGCCAAGUCCAUAGACGAUGGCGAUACCAAGGAUAAGCCCAAGGUUGAGAAGAAAAAGAAGAAAAAGAAGGUCAAGAAGGACAAGGACAAGAAGGACAAGGAAAAAAGCGAGGCUGGCGAUGGUGAUGGCGUGAAGGACUGCCCCUGCGAGAUCUGCUGCCAGACGACCAAGGAAGAGGACACGCCGCUCAUCAAGGAGAUGCGUCGCCUGGACAAGGAGCGCAUCCUGAAAGAGUAUCUGCGGCGGAUGCGCCAUCACCAGUAUAUGGAGUGCCGGGAACCGGUAUACCCAGCUCCUCCCCACAAAUGCGAUCCCAUCGAGUGCAAUACGGCGUUCUGCGGCAACAAUCGAAUGCAGAAGCACUUCGAACGCGUCCAGGCCCUCCAGCAGGUCGAAAAGGAUCUGCUGGGCCGCAACCAGGAGGGGGACACAAAAAUCGUCAAGAACCUGAACUGCCUCCUUCGCCGACUCUGCAACCGCCUCACUCAGGGUGGUUACUGUGGGUGAGGCACUUGAGUCUCCAGUGCAUGUGUCGCCACGUGUCCUUAUCCCGUACCUGUUCCGGCAAUCCUUAAAUGAGUCCAAGUUAAUCGAAUACGUUUUUUCUGUCCCCAAUGUGAUUUUUUUAGUCAAUUUGUACAGUUUAAUAAAUUUGACUAGAUUUUGAA